CUGGCCGAGUUACAGUCGAACUCUGCACUUGGAAGGUUAGAAGGGGCGGAGGUUGGCUCGGAGAGCAGAACUGUGGGGGCAGGGAGGCGGCGAUCCCAGCUGGGCUGGGACUUCCUUCCUUAACCGCAGGACAACAAAGCAAUUGAACCAAAGGCACCCAGUUUAGCAGUAGCUGUCUGGGAAACAGAGAAGUGAGGCGAUGGGUUCCGCGCUGAGCAGUGACAGCGGCCGAACAGCCCCGGAUAGCAGGGCCACACCGUCAGCCCUGCCCGGGAGGAGUGAAGUGGAGCUGCCGAUCACCUCCUUCGAUUGCUCUGUCUGCCUCGAAGUCCUGCAUCAGCCCAUACGGACCCGCUGUGGCCACGUAUUCUGCCGUUCCUGUAUUUCUACAAGCCUAAGGAACAGUAAGUGGACAUGUCCUUACUGCCGGGCAUAUCUUCCUUCAGAAGGAGUUCCCGCAAUUGAUAUAAUGAAGAAAAUGAAAGCAGUAUACCAGAACUGCACAGAGUGUAACACUCAGGUAUGUCUCAGUGAAAUGAGAGCUCAUAUAAGAGCUUGUCAGAAAUAUAUAGAGAAAUAUGGACCUCUUCAAGAGCUUGGGGAAGUAACAAGGUGUGUGUGUCCAUUUUGUGAGAAAGAGUUGGAUGAAGAUAGCUUGCUGAACCACUGUCUCACUUAUCACAGAUCAGAAAGGAGGCCAGUGUUCUGUCCACUUUGUCAUUUUAUACCUAAUGGAGAUUCAAGCAGCUCCAAUGACAGUUUGAUCCGGCACCUGCAAAUCAGACAUACAAUGUUUUAUGAUGAAUUCAUUGACUUUAAUAUAUUAGAGGAAGCUCUGAUCCGAAGAGUCCUAGACCGGUCGCUUUUAGAAUAUAUGAAUCAUUCAAACAGCACCUAAGUCGGCCAGUAGGAGGAAAGGUUUUCCAUGGAUUCCUUUGCACAGUACAAUAAGAUGCUGCUUUGACAGCUAAAGGGGAAUCUUCAGCCUUUAAAAAAAAAAGCACAGAUGUAACAAACCUUUAAUGUUUGUAUGUGUCUGUUAUUGUGUUUAUCUGGAAAUUUAAAAACCGCUAUCCCUUCGGUGAUUUAUAUCCAUAUUCUCCUGUUGAGAUUUUCUGAUACUUAAUAGUAACAAUUAUCUAUAUCAACCAGGAGGUUUAGGGUUGGUAGCAGUAGAGAGUAUGCUUGAGGGAGGAGUUCUUGUUGGGAAAUCAGAUUUGGGGGGAGCUCUAUGCCAUAGAUUAAUAAUAAACUAUAAGACCAACAGUGAUAAACAUCAGAUUGCUUUAUAUAAAAAGAUAAGAGUAUGAAUUAACAACUUGUUGAUAUUUAAGAAGAACCUGGAAGUAGUUUCCAUUCCUAAUAUUCUAGCUUCUAAAAUACUAUUAUGAAUACAUAAUUUUAAUGGCAAUAAGGAGAGGAAAUAUCGUGGGUUUUGAUAUCUCUUUAAGUUGUAUUCUGUUACUACUGUAACAAAUACUGUAAUAGGAAUAUACUCUUAAUGCUUUCAUUUUAAAAAUAUAUCUACCACAAGAAGAAUAUUUUUCAAAUAUUGGCAGGUAAUUUUAAUUAUUAUUAAGAGAUUUCUAUAAUGUAAAUAAGUUUAAAAAUAUUAUGGUCUGACAUUUUACAUGUAAAAAUAUCCUGUUUGACCACAGAAUUUUUUGAUGCCCAGCCCUGAAGGGUUGAUUUUUUUUCAGCAAGAAUGGUAUAUUGAACUAUGAAGACAAUCUGUUCAGCUCCUGAGGGUAAGAUUUUAUUUAGCUAAAUUUCAGUUCAGUAAUUCUAUUCAGGAAUGGAAGAAAGGAGAAAAGACUAUUUUUUUUUUUAGAGUUCUGGUUACUAUUUUCCCAUCACCUUUAGAACCUAAUAUAUAUUUGAAAAUAUUGGAAGAAUGUAUAGAAACCAAGAAGAGUACAGAGAAAUGAAAUCUAAAAUCUUCAUUUUAGGAAAUUAAUUUUCCUUUACUGAAGAGCCUAGUUGAGUUUUACAAUCUCUGUCUUUCCUUUUAGGUAGAUGUCUGAUUACAAUAGAUUGUAGAAGGAGGGCACCAUCCCUGGAUUCAGGAGGACCUGAGUUCAAAUAUGACCUCAGAUACCUGACACUAGCUGUGUGACCCUGGGCAAGUCACUUAACCCUCAUUGCCCCGCAAAACAAACAAUAGAUUAUAGAUUGAGUCAUCCAAAACUGGAUAAUUAGUUUUAGAUCUAAUUAGCUUAGGAGAGAACUUGGAGAUGAUCUAGUUAAACCCCCAUUUUUACACAAAAGGAAACUGACUAAGGUUAUGCAGCUCUUCUUGGAAGAGCUAAAAACAAAAGUUAAACCUCCUGACUCCUUAUCUUCCUAUUAUACCACUCUAAUUAUGAAAGAAAAGACAGUAUUAUCUUGUAUUAGUAUUGAGUAUCUAUGCAACAAGUAGAGUGGUGUCAUUAAAAGAACACUGGACCUAGGUGUAUAUAAGAAGACAAGGCUUGGUGUACCAGCCCUGUGUGCCCUUGGACUAGUCUACUCUCUAAGCUUUAAGUUUUCACAUCUGUAAAAUGGGGGUAAACAUUACCUGCGCCCUACCUACCUCAUAAACUUUUGGGAGGAUCAAAUUAGAGGAUGCAUGUGAAGGUGCUAUAAUCUAUAAAGCACUAUACCAAUAUAUUAAUUCAGACUAGUGGAGAGGUCAUCUUCAGACUUAACAAAAAAUAUUAAAAUUUGAAUUUUUAAUAACAUGAAAGUUAAAAGAAAAAGACAACCCUAUAAUGUAAACAAUAUAUUUAUGUUUAAGUUUAAUUUAUAUACUACCAAUGGCCUCCCACAUCUAAACUCUGCCUCAGAUCCUUUUUCAUGAUGUUUUUGCUGCUCUGAUCACAGAUUAGGAAGUAUUUAUCAAUGAACCUUCUGUGUUAUAUGAAAUCUGAUUUGGCAGAGUCCAAUCUUCUAGAUUCUACACCAAAGUAAUUACAAACAGACAAUUUGUUAAGUCAGUAUUAAAGUGACAACUCUUCUUAUAUUUCUUUCAAGAAUCAAAUCCCACCCCGAUAUAAAAGCCUUGGAUGGGAUAAAUGCUAUAAUUUCAUAAAAUUAUGUAAGCCUGAUUGUGUCAACCCAGAUUGAGUUGGAGAUAUAGGUUUGUAUGAAUGAGUGAAAGAGACAGGUCUAGAAUUUCAGCUUCCCAGGCCUUGUCCAGGUCUACAGAAUGACACUGUUCUGAUGUUAGUGAAGCUUACAAUGAUAGAUGCAUGAGGCAAGUAAGCUUAUUGUUAUUGAAGUUAAGGAACGGUGGUAACAAUAUGGUUUGUGUCUAUAAAGACAGAGGUGCUAAAAUGUCUUGACACCUACUCUUGUUUCAUUCCUCAACAACAAAAUCUGUAAUUGUCAGAAUUUAAAAGUUAACAGUUAUUAAUUUUCUUUUGUAAAGAUGUCUUAUUAUGAGAAACAAAGGAUGGCAGGACCAUUGCUUUUGUUUAAAAUGUCUGUUCAUAAAUGCUGACCUUCAAUAAAUGGUUUUC